CUUGCCCAGCUCUGCAUUUGCUCACCGUGGGUUCCAUUUGAGUGCCAUUAUUCAGGUUGUAUUGGUAUAACUCAAGCUAUAUAAGCAUCUUGUAACGCUGACCAAGGUUACAGAGGUAUGAGCUGUCCCUGUUUCCAGUGCCUGGCAUUGCCAUGUUUGCCCAGCCCUGCCUUGCCUGUCAUUGCCUUGCUUGCCCAGCCCUGCAUUUGCUCGCUGUGGGCUCGUUCGAGCGCCGUGAUUCAGGUUAUAUUGAUAUAACUCAAGCUAUUUAAGCAUCUUGUAACUGUGACCGAGGCUGCAGAGGUAUGAGCUGUCCCCGUUUCCCGUGCCCGGCACUGCCGUUCUCGCCGCGGUUCCGUUCGAGCCGUGGCCGGCCCGGGCGGUCCCGCCCUGAGGGGCCUUGGCUGGGCUCACAGCGCCACCUGCUGGAGCUGUUGAGCGGCGGCGGGGGCGGCGGCCGCUAGGGGGCGCUGUGCGCCCGAGAGAGAUGGCGCCGGCCCUUGGUUCGAGUUUCCUUUUGGUUCAAGCUUGAUCUUUUUGUAUUUUUCAGAUCCUGUACUGCAUCAGUGUGUAACACUGGACUCCAUAUAGAGUGGUAGUAAGCUCUCUUCACAUAUUGGUCAGACAAAAUAAUGUGGUGUUUGUGAGGGUUCCAGGAUGAGAUGGAAGAUGGCAGGGGUUGUAAUUUUUUAUUGGACGUCGCAGAUGUUUAGUUUUACAUAUUUUUGCAAAGAAAGUGUUAAUAUGGCAGAAUAACCAUGGGAGACUGGAAUUUCCUUGGAGGCAUUUUAGAGGAGGUCCACAUUCAUUCCACUAUUAUUGGAAAGAUUUGGCUAACGAUCCUCUUCAUAUUUCGAAUGCUUGUUCUUGGAGUGGCAACCGAGGAUGUUUGGAAUGAUGAACAAUCAGAAUUCAUAUGCAAUACUGAGCAGCCUGGUUGCAGAAAUGUGUGCUAUGAUGAGGCCUUUCCCAUCUCUCUCAUAAGAUACUGGGUCUUGCAAGUUAUAUUUGUGUCUUCCCCUUCCUUGGUGUAUAUGGGUCAUGCCUUAUACAGACUAAGAGCCUUGGAAAAAGAAAGGCAAAAAAAGAAAGCUCUGGUGAGGGUGGAACUUGAAAGCACUGAAUUAGAAAUGACUGAAAAUCGUAAAAGACUGGAGAGGGAGCUCCGGCAACUGGAUCAAAGGAAGCUGAACAAAGCACCCCUAAGAGGCUCUUUGCUCUGCACUUAUGUGAUACAUAUUUUCACAAGAUCUGCAGUGGAAGUUGGCUUUAUGAUUGGGCAGUAUCUUCUUUAUGGUUUCCACCUAGAUCCCCUUUAUAAAUGCCAGAGAGACCCAUGUCCAAACACAGUUGACUGCUUUGUAUCUAGACCAACAGAAAAGACAGUGUUUAUAUUAUUUAUGCAAUCAAUAGCAACUGUAUCAUUGCUUUUAAAUAUUCUAGAAAUUAUCCACUUAGGAUUCCGAAAAAUUAAAAUGGGACUCUGUGAGCAGAAUAAAACCAAAGAUGACUCUGAGAAUUUCUACAUAAACAAAUCUAAGAAAUACUCUGUGAUACCCCACUCUUCUUUGGGAAUAUCCACCACCCCUCAGAAAACACUUCCUUGUGCUCUUAGCAGUUAUACCUUUCUGAUGGAAAAGCAAACUGAUACUAUGCUCUACCCAGUUUUAAAUUCUCCUUCUAUGUUUCCGUCUGUGCAAAAUAACCAUACAGAAAGCAGCAGCAAUUACACCCAUUGCAAUCAGGAAAAUAAAUCUCCAAAGAAGAGGCCAGCUACAAAUGCUUUGGACAAUCAGACUCAAAAUGCUAGCACAAACAAUAAUGAAGGCUUUCUUGGCGAGCUUUGGACCGAGAGGCAUGAUGCACAAGAAGAGACUGAACAGAAACAUUUUCUUGUUGAUACUCAGAAUGCAGAUACCACCUCAAACAUGUACUUGAGAAGCUUUGCUGAGGUGCCAUCUCAAACUUCAUUGCAAGCUGGUACAACUUUCCCUUGUGCCAGUUCUAGACGACAGGCAGUGGUUGAGAGCACAGGAGCACCAACAAAUCCUCUUCCAAAGAACGGUGACAGAAGACAAAGCAGUUUCAGUGUAAACAAAGCCCAAAUUCCUUACAAUGCUGAUGGAAAAAAUUCCAGCCGACCAGACACUUCUGAUUCCAUGGGGGUGGUGAGCUCAGAAUCUACACAAAGCAGAAACUGGAGUAGUCCAAAGCUUUUCUCUCUCUCUAGGCAACAGUCACUGUCAAGUAAUGCCAGCAGUAGGCGUGCCCCCACAGAUCUUCAAAUAUAGUGUGAGUUAACUCAUUAGCUGCGCUCAUUAACUGCACUAACUCAUUAGCUGCACUAACCAGUGCGGGGAUAAUUGCUGAACAGAGACAUAACCCAGACCUAUGUGCAAGUGCAGCUAAAUAAUUCAACUUGAACCAGCUCUUUACAUAGGUAGAAAAGUUGUGAAACUCUGAAGAGUAGCUAAGUAAUUUUUAAACGGUCUCUUCACUUCCUUUGUAAUGAAAAUGUGGCAUAGACCUCAGUGUACAAACUUCUACACUCCAGCAAAAAGGAAAACAUACAUCCUCUCUAUCCACAUAUUAGGAAAAAGUCAGGCAUAAAAUCACAGCUGAUUUUAUGACAAAAUUUACAGUCCAAUGAUAUUUUUUACAAAGACCAGUAAAUCAAAUUAGGCUAAAGAGGCUCUUAGAAGAACAUAUUGGUAAACAUGUCUCUGCCUAAUUAGUUUAGGAAUUCAAACAGACAUUUGAUGGCCAACUGAAAGCAGAAUAUCAAACUUAUUCAAAUUGUUGUAAAUACAAAGAGAAAAAGCAUUUACAAAACAGGUCACUAAAAUUUGUUGGCUUCAUGGUACACUUUUUUUUGUCAGUGUAUUUCCACUGACUUCCUCAGCAGAAAGAUCAAAGUGAGUUUUUUCAAUACACCACUAAUUUUUUAAAACAUCAUAAAUUACAGACAUGUUGUGAGCUUUACUUUUGACAUUAUUCAUAACACUAAUAAGAUAGCAAAAUCAGAAAACAAGUAUGGUAGUACCUUCUGAUUUCAGUUAGAAUGUCAAAAGACAUAAAAGUUUUAUCAAACAGUAAAACUACUCCUUUUCUGUUUGUCUCUCCCCCGAAUUCUGAUAAACUUUUAAAUCAAACAAAGCUUCUACCUGUUUAGGAGGAGCAUUUGUAUUUAUGCUUUUAUGGGGAUAACAAAACAUGAGGACAUUUAUCCACUCACUGUUCAGGUCCAUAUGGUGUAAAGGAAGUUUCAUGAAAUAUCUUGAAAUAAUAAAGGAGGCAAAGAGGAACAAAAUACUAUGGUACAUUUGUAAUCAAGCUUUCUGUGUAUGAAAUACAUUUAUUUGAGUUGCACAGCACUGAAACACUGUAAGUACUUGGUGAGGUGGUCACAGCUGAAAUGCAUUAGUAUUUUUGUGUGUAUUUUUUACUAGCAGAUUUCACAUACUGUUCAAGUACUGAAAAAAUAAUUUGUGAGAUAUAGCAUAAUGAUGUCACAGCACAAUUAAAUUCCUCAAGUGCACUGUCAUUAUGCUUACCAGCCAGCCGUGUUUCAGAUUGACUGAAAACUGGACAAUACUAGCAAAAAAGGAGCCACAAAACCUAAAAGGCUCUUUUGCUUGUAGCAGCAACAUUAAUUUGGUACUGUCCAUGUAAGAAAUACACACAAGAACAAUUAAAACUAUUCACUAUAGAUUUCUCUCCAGCAAGUAUCCUUUCCACUUGUGUGUAACAUAAAAACAGCCCUACAUAAUUGUGUUUACACUGUAAAGUUUAAGAUUGUAUAAUAUACUAGAAGAUACAUAACUGUAUAAUGUGACUUAGGCAUUAAUGCUGCUGCUGUGGCUUUGAUUUUUGCAUUUCUUGAUGCGUAAAAUUCUGUGGGCAAUAACUGCUAAUGCUUAUUUUGCAUUUUAUCUCUCCAUAAUAAAAAGCCUCAUAUUUAAUGCACUCUGUUCCUGCUGUCUAACUAAUAGAAAGUUAGCAUUUGGAUGUUCAUGUGUGGGAUGUGGCAUUUGUAUUUUUGUUAUUCAAAACAAGUUAAAAAAGAA